CUUUGUUUUGCCCGGACAGAGAUGAAGUGCGCACAUAAAUUCGCCGUUUCCUAGGCAACAACGUUACGUUCACAGCAUCCAGGAGAAGAUCACCGCGGACAACAUGGACGUCCACGAGCGAAAUGUGCGCAGCUGUGUAGACAACAUCGUGGAGAUGGUGGACAUGGACGAAGAGAACUUUGCUGUUUCCAGUUCCUCUGCGACAGAUUCUGCUUUCGAUGCCGUUAUCGGCUGCAUAGAGAACAUCAUCAUGGAGGAGGAGUUUCAGCAGCUUCAGCAGAGUUUCAUGGAGAAACACUACCUGGAAUUUGACAACUCUGAUGAGAACAAACUCUGCUACACAACCAUCUUCAAAGAAUAUGUUGAUCGACUGGAGAAACAUUUGGAGCAGCAGCUGAUGGAGAGAAUCCCAGACUUCAACAUGAACACUUUCAUAGAGCUGCUCAUGCAGCACAAAGACGAGGUGGCAGGGGACAUCGUUGAAAUGCUGCUGACCUUCACAGAUUUCAUGGCCUUUAAGGAGAUGUUUCUGGAAUACAGAGCUGAGAAGGAGGGCCAAGGUCUGGACCUGAGUCAGGGACUGGUGGUCACACCUCUAAUCCCUUCAUGCCUCAAACGCAGCAGCUCCACUGAAUCACAGUGAUGAUGAGUUGUGUUAAUGUUUUUUUUUUUUUUUUUAACUCUGGUGUCGAGCGUCAGGAUUCUCUCCACAUGUGCACAAACAGCCCCUGAAGACAAUUAAUUUAUGCAUUCCAGUGCGUUUUUUUGUAUUGUUGGGAUGAUUGUUUAAGCCUCUCUCUUGUUAAAUAGU